GGCGCCUUCGACCCCUACACCCUGAUCCGGCAGCCGCACACCAUCCUCCGCGUCGUGUCUUGGGUCUUCUCCAUCGUGGUGUUUGGCUCCAUCGUGAACGAGGGCUACCUCAACAGCUUCUCCAAGGGUGAGGAGUUCUGCAUCUACAACCGCAACCCCAGCGCCUGCAGCUACGGGGUGACGGUGGGCGUGCUGGCCUUCCUCACCUGCCUGCUGUACCUGGCCCUGGACGUCUACUUCCCGCAGAUCAGCAGUGUCAAGGACCGCAAGAAGGCCGUUCUGUCCGACAUCGGCGUCUCGGCCUUCUGGGCCUUCCUCUGGUUCGUGGGCUUCUGCUACCUGGCCAACCAGUGGCAGGUCUCCAAGCCGGAGGACAACCCGCUGAACGAAAGGACGGACGCUGCCCGGGCGGCCAUUGCCUUCUCCUUCUUCUCCAUCUUCACUUGGGCGGGCCAGGCGGUGCUGGCCUUCCAGCGGUACCAGAUUGGCGCCGACUCGGCCCUCUUCUCCCAGGACUACAUGGACCCCAGCCAGGACUCCAGCAUGCCUUACGCCCCUUAUGUGGAGCCUAGCGCCGGGCCGGACCCCACCGGCAUGGGUGGCACCUACCAGCAGCCAGCCAACGCCUUUGAUGCUGAGCCCCAGGGCUACCAGUCCCAGGGCUACUGAGCCGCCGUGAGCCCCUGCCUCCCCUCCCCUCCCCACUCUGUCCCCUCCCUC